CGUACAGGAACAUGGCGGCGCCCUACGCUGGGCAGGCGCGUCCCGGCUCACACCCGCCUCCUGUGCACAGCCAGGCACUGAGGACCGGUCACCGUGGCGGCUGCCCCCCGCAGCGGGGCUGAGAGGACUGCCGGCAGCCCGACGAGCCAGGCAUUCGGGACCGGAGGGUCACGGCCCAGGCGCCCGGCCGCCGCGCAUCGCUCCCGCCCCUUCGCGGCGCCAGCCCGCGGGAUUCGCAGCGGGAGCGACCGCAGGGAGAUCGCCGACGCCUCGGCAGGGCAGCGAAUAGACCUCACCGAGGAUGUCUGAAAACCUCGACAAGUCCCACAGAAACAAAGCAGGAGAGUCGAAGCCGAGUGACUCUGAGCAAGGCCUGGGAGGUGCUCUGGAACAUUCUGAUGAAGCCUUGCAGAAAGAAGUAAAGUCGGACGCACCUAGUCCCCAGAGAGUGGGGAGACCUCACUCUAGUCCUCCUCGGCUUGUCACUGUAGAGGAGCUUCUAGAAACAGCGAAAGGAGUCACCAACAUGGCUCUGGCCCAUGAAAUUGUGGUAAAUGGAGACUUCCGGAUUAACACUGUUGAAUUAGCAGAAGGCAGCUUGGAGAAGAGAGUAAAGGAGAUUGUACAUAAAGCUUUCUGGGAUUGCCUGAGUGUCCAGCUAAGUGAAGACCCCCCAACAUAUGACCAUGCCAUCAAACUUGUAGGAGAGAUCAAAGAGACUCUGCUGUCUUUCCUGCUGCCUGGUCACACUAGACUAAGAAACCAGAUAACCGAGGUCUUGGAUCUGGAACUGAUAAAACAGGAAGCAGAGAAUGGGGCCCUAAACAUUUCCAAGCUGGCAGAAUUCAUUAUUGGCAUGAUGGGGACAUUGUGUGCACCUGCUCGAGAUGAGGAAGUGAAGAAACUAAAGGACAUUAAGGAAAUAGUGCCUCUUUUCAGGGCAAUCUUUUCUGUGUUGGACCUAAUGAAAGUAGACAUGGCCAACUUUGCUAUCACUAGCAUUAGGCCGCACCUCAUGCAGCAGUCUGUCGAGUAUGAGAGGAAGAAGUUUCAGGAAGUCUUGGAGAAGCAGCCAAACUCCCUGGACUUUGUCACCCAGUGGCUGGAGGAGGCCUCAAAUGACCUUCUGACUCAGAAGUACAAACAUGCCCUGCCUGCUGGGGGAGGGGCUGCUGGUUCAGGGGAUGCUCCGGUGCUGACCCCUGUUUCUGUCCAGAAUUAUGCCUACCUGAAGCUGCUGAAAUGGGACCACUUCCGGAGACCUUUCCCCGAGACCCUUUUGAUGGACCAGUCUCGUUUCCAAGAGCUCCAACUGCAGCUGGAGCAGCUGGCCGUCCUGGGAGCGGUGCUGCUCGUCACAUUCAGUACCGCUGCACCUGGAAUCUCUGGCCACGCUGACUUUGCUGAGAAACUCAAGAUGACGGUGAAGAUUCUGCUAAUGGACAUGCAUCUGCCUUCCUUCCAUCUGGAGGAUGCUCUGACGUCCAUUGGGGAGAAAGUGUGUCUGGAGGUGAGAAGCUGCCUCUCCCUAUGUGGAUCCUCCCCAUUCUCCACCAAUAAGGAGACUGUGCUCAAGGGCCAGGUUCAGGCCCUGGCCAGUCCUGACGACCCCAUUCGCAGGAUCGUGGAGUCCCGAAUUUUGACCUUCUUGGAGACAUACCUUGCCUCUGGUCAUCAGAAGCUACUGCCUACGGUGCCAGGGGGCUUGGGUCCCAUUCAAAAAGAGCUGGAAGAAAUUGCAGUGAAAUUUGUGCGCCUGGUCAACUAUAACAAGAUGGUGUUCUGUCCUUACUAUGACACAAUCCUCAGUAAGCUCCUUCUCCGCCCCUGAGGCGCACGGCUGCCGCAGCACCCCCUCACGUCCUCAGAAGCCCGCUGUCGCAGUGCCCUGCUGUGGAGAAUGGCAAUGGGUACGCUCCUGUGUAACGGCACUGGUUCCGUUAAACACACGAAGACCAUAGUGUGUCGCUGAAGGACUCACGGAAGGGCGCACUGAGCUCUGUUCUGUAUUUACUAGUGCAAGUUUACAAGCUCAAGAAGCUUUUGUUCUCUGGAGUGUGUAGGUAGUGGCCAGCUGGUAUCAGUUGACUGCCACUGUCUCUGCUCCCGCUGCAUCGGCUUGGAGGAGCCAGCUCUCCAAGGAGCCUGGGACCUUUCUUGUGGGUCGUUCCUUCUCAGAUACCCCAGGCUGGCACAUAAGCCAUGACUUGUUCCCUUGCCACCCUACAGCAUUCCUCCCGGUAUUCUUCCCCGGGACCGUUUUAGGGCUUUUUCCUUCUUUUUUCAAGACAAAGUUUCUCCAUGUAGCCCUAGCUGUGGAACUAGCUCUGUAGUCCCGGCUGGCCUAAACUCACAGAGAUCUGCCUGCCUCUGCCUCUGCCUCCCCAGUGCUGGCAUUAAAGGUGUGCACCACUAAUGCCUGCCCCUUGUUGGUGUUUUAUGACCAGGCUGUCUAUAGCCUUACAGUGUCCUGUUCCACCCCUUCCCCACCUCCAUCCGUUUAUUGCUUCUUAGGUCCGGCCUAGCCAGUGCUCCAAGCCCUUUUGUUCUUCAGCAGAGUUACUUGAUAAUAUAUUUUGUCUAAUUUUUUUAUUAUUAUUAUUUUUGAAACAGCAUCUCUCUCACACACACACUGGCCUGGAACUUGCUAUGUAGAACAAGCUGACUCCAGACUUGUAUGAAUCCUCCUGCCUCUACUUCACACAUGCCAGGGUUACAGGCCUUUGCCACCAUACCCGUUGGAUAGAACUUGAUUUUGAAAAGCUUGUUUUGUUGGUUGGGAUGUAGUACAGUGGUUAGUGAUUGUCUAGUAUGCACAAGGCCCUGGGAUCCAUUUCUUGCAUCUAAACAAUGAAAGACACACACACACUAGGCAUUAAGAAGUCAUAAGCCCCUGUAGCUUCAGUUACUUGAAAGGUAGGAAGACUGUUUUUGCCCAAGAAUUAAGCAGCCUGGGUAAUGAAGAGUCCAUCUUUUUGUUUUGUUUUGUUUUUUGAGACAGGGUUUCUCUGUAGCUUUGGAGCCUGUCCUGGAACUAGCUCUUGUAGAUCAGGCUGGCCUCGAACUCACAGAGAUCCGCCUGCCUCUGCCUCCCGAGUGCUGGGAUUAAAGGCUUGUGCCACCACCGUCCCGUUUAAAGAGUUCAUCUUAAAAGAACAAGGAUAGGGCCGGGCAGUGGUGGCUCAUGCCUUUAGUCCCAGCUCUUUGGAGGCAGAGGCAGAGGCAGGUGGAUUUCUGUGAGUUCGAGGCCAGCCUGGUCUGUAGUGUGAGUUCCAGGACAGGCUCCAAAACUACAGAGAAACCCUGCCUCGAAAAACAAAACAAAAUAAAAAACAAACACAACAACAAAGAGAACAGAGACAGAAAUACUGUCCCUUUGUCCUUGCUGCAGAAGUGCUCCUGAGUCAGAAUGGCUGCAGCUGAGGCUUGUGGAGCCAGGCAUGGUGACAUGUGCCUGUAAUCUUAGCUUUAGGGAGGCCGAGGCAACAGAACUGCAAACUGAAGGCUAACCUGGAGUACAUAGGAAAAGCCUCAUUCAAAAGCAAGACAUGCUGGGCAGUGGUGGCACACGCCUUUAGUCCCAGGACUUGGGAAGCAGAGGCAGGUGAAUAUCUGUGAAUUUGAGCCAUCCUGGUCUACAGAGCGAGUUCCAGGACAGCCAGGUCAGGGCUACAGAGAAACCCUGUCUAAAAAAAAAAAAACUGAAAAGAUAGAUGUAUAUAGUUUAGUAUAACAGGAAAGAGAAUACUCGAAUAAUCCAGAUGAGCUGACAGGAUUCUAAUCAGAAAUUAGAUUUAAGUAUUCCAGGUAGAAUAGCCCAACCUCACUAAUCUAGGGAAGAAAGACAAGUCCCCAGCAUUUGAGCAGAAUUUAAGGAAUUUGAGUGACCAGAAUUCCUAACACACCGUGUGACCAUGAGAAUGCUUCAGAUGAUCUGUUUAAAAAAAAAAAAAAAAAAGCCAGGCGGUGGCAAACGCCUUUAAUCCCAGCACUUGGGAGGCAGAGCCAUCUGGAACUCUAGGUUUAGGGCCAGCCUGGUCUACAGAGCAAGUUCCAGGACAGCCAGGGUAAACAGAAACCCCAUCUUGGAAAAGCAGAAUAUGUUCUGCACGGCUGUGUGUGUUUUAGAGAGGAGCGCUGUGGUAGAAGCAGAGCCGUGGCAUUGGAGUGCUCUCCCGCCAGACUGACAGUCCCCGCUGAUGACAGAUGCAGAGUGCACAGUGACCCUGGCCGGGGAGCUCACCUAACACCCAACACUUCAAGGCGGAGGCCGAGGCUAGCCUGGGUUACAUCGCAAGGCCCCACCUGGAAAAGAAGAGGAAAGAACGGCUGAAGUGAGGGUGAUUCCCUCAAAGGUGUGCGACCAACGACUCUAGUGCUGGUUUGUUUCCCAGUGAAAUAAUGUGCUGGGCGCGGGGAGCCACCCUUAAUCAGAGGGACUCCGCGAGUUCAAGGCCAGGCUGGUCUACACAGUGACUUUCCAGGCUGUCGAGGGAUGCAUAGUGAGACCCUGUCCUAAAAACAAAUAAAGUAUGCUAUGUUAUGUGCUCA